AUAAUUUUUCGGUAAAAAAAAUUUUUUGUAGAUAAGAACAAUGAAAUUCAAUAGUGGAUUUUAUAAGCUUCACGCGAAUAUAAUGCUAGAUAGGUACUGACUGAUAUGUCUUCAUAUCUAUAAUAUUGACGAGAAACGAGUUAUACUUCCAUUAUUAUGCUACUGUCUGAACUCAUAUGGAUUACCCCAUUUGCUUGAGUGACAAAUUACUGUUGGCCUAAUUAACCUGUUAUCACAAGUUCGUGGGCUAUCUUUCGCCUUAUUCAAAGACUACGUUUUUUAGUUGACGAAACGAAACGAAAUGUUCAGUUUUAAAAAGGAAGAGUUACUUUACGCUACAUUUUUUUAUUAUGCACUAAUAGCUGCACUUGUGGACAAGAUUUAUGUGACCGAUAAGCACAAAGGAAAAUAUGGUGCUUGCAUUGGAAUAACGGCUUUGAUUGGUUUGUGUGGCUGGGAAGUAGUAUUUCCUUUGGUGAAUAUUAUCGUUAACACUGCCAUUAUAUUUUUCUACGGUAAAAGAGCCGGGGUUAUAAAUUUUAGUUUCACGCUAGCCUAUUUAUUCUACUUCAGAUGCUUCUGUUCAACUACACCGAUAACGAAUAUGUUUAUGAUGAGUACAACAAUGAAAAUGAUAAGCGCUGCCAUGGAGUCUUCCACAGAAAGACAAAUUCUCGAUGGAAAAUUUGAAACAAAUUUGCCUUAUAGCUUUUGUCCCAAAAAUAUAAUUUUUUAUGCUCUGCAUUAUAUAGGUUUGAUUGGAGUUCCUUUUUAUACCUUCAAGACUUAUUGCGAAUAUAUCAAUUUGCCCUUGAAAAAUUAUCCAUCGGAAUGGAAGUACAAAGCUACGAUUUGCUUGGUAGAUUCGUUUAUAUUCAUUUUGCUAAAGCAAUUCUUGAACUACUUAUGGCCUUUAUCGUACGUAUCUUCAGACGAAUUCUACGAUAAAAGGAGUGUUCUGUUCAGAAUAUGGUACAUUUAUCCUAUCAAUUUCGAUUUUAUCCUUAGAAUAGGCAAUGCUUUCAUUAUGAUGGAUGCUUGCUGCUAUAUAAGCGGUCUUGGAGCUUAUCCAGAUUUUACAAAACCAAAAUGUGGACAUGGCCCUAUUGAAAACACAAUGAAGAUGUCUAUGUUAAGACAAGAAAAUUUGCAUAAGUACAAAUUCUCAUAUGAGACCAUUAACAACGUGAACUUUAAAAAAGUCUUUUUUUCUACUGAAUUCAAGCAAAUAAUUAAAAAUUGGAACCGAACAAUACAAUACUGGUUGUACAGAUAUGUUUACAUAACAGUUCCAUACAAAUUCUUGAAGAAGCCAGCAACAAUGAUAUUUUCUAGUUACUGGCAUGGCAUUCACGUCGGUUAUAUUUGGACGUGGUUUUUCGUAUCCCUUGCACUGUAUAUCGAAAAACGAUGGGAUUUCAUAUUGAGAGGAAGGAAUCCUUCAUCACUCGAGAAUAUACUAAGAGUAAUUUUAAAUCUACACAUACUUUACAAUAUAGGCAUGAUAUUUGUUUAUAAUCAUGAAUGGGAUUUGAUACGCAAGUAUCAGACAUCAGUAUAUUGGAACCAUUUGGUUAUACUAUUUUCACUUCUUUUCUCUUCAUACUUUAUAAAGACGAAAAAAUCAUAGGAUUGUUUCGCUUUAUAUACGGGGUUACUAUUUUUUAACCUCAACCAAAAUUAUACGGAGAACUACAGAAAUAUUUUCAAGUUUCUGUCACUUCCAGCUGUAACGGAAAUAGCCUUCGAAUAAAGAAUAAUUCUUUAUACAAAAGAAAUAGCUAUCAACUUCGAAUGAUAUUUCCAAGAUAUUCCAAAAAAAUAUGCAUCGGUAACGCGUUUUUUAUAAUUUAUAAUCACAUUUCUUCGCGUAAAACCCAAAUAUUAAUUCAAUAUUCGAGUUAACUGUUUCCAGUGAAUAUUCCAUCAUAUAUAUGGUCAAAAGAUGUGUUACAAGAAAUCAAAAAAAUCCAGUAGGUACUCCUGAAGUGCCGAUAUCUGAUGUGUUGAUGCUGUUCUUCGUUCCAGUAAUGACUAUAAUAGUAAUAAUAUCUCUGGUAUUGUGCCUACAGAAUAUGGAAUUCUAAGCUCAAAUAUCUUCCGAAAACUUUGGGGAAUAUUACGGCCAGUUUCAUAAUCAAAUUUGAAGUCCCUUUAAUUUUAAAG